AUGGACGCUGCAGACUUGAUCCGGCAGGCCCAGAGCUCCGUCAGUAAAGCUCGCGAGGCAAAGAGUGUACGUGCCAGGGAAAGCAGCCACGAAAGCGAUGAUCAUUCUCCCCGAAUCGCACACACUUUGACGGCAUGUUGCCGAUGUCGCCAGAGGAAAACAAGAUGCGAUCCAAACUUGCCACGAUGUCUGCCUUGCGAACGGGCCGGCGCCAUAUGCGAGUAUUUUGACACAGCCAAAGGGAAGAAGAUUUCUCGAACCUAUGUCAUACGACUUCAAGACAAGGUAAGGGCAUUGGAAAACGAGCUCAGCCAAUAUACCGAGGAGGAAGGCUUCCCGAAGAACACGGAAGAUAUUGUUCGGCCUGGGGGGCUCGUCCGGUUGGAUGAAGACGAUGAGACGCCACGAUUUCUGGGGCCAUCGAGUGGUAUUGCGAUGACACGGCUAGUUAUGGAGGAGGCCAAAAAAUAUACAGAUUCGAGAAGUAUCCGUGAGCUGGUGCCUGAGGUCCGUUACAGGCGAAAUCCUUUGCCCUCGCCAGAAGCAUCAACUGGUCGAAAAAAAUCGUACCCGAUGAUCAGUGCUGUCCCAGCAUUGACGUUACCUAGUCGUCUGGUGACGGAUAAGCUGUUGGAAGUGUUCAAUCAAAAAGCUCAAUACCUGAUGCCUACUUUGCACGAGCCAACCUUGCAAAAGGACAUGCAAGAUGUCUAUGAUGGAGACACCGAUCCUUAUAAAAACUUCGUGGUUCGAAUGGUGCUUGCGAUCGCUAUGCAGAAAUUGGACCCGCAAUAUGCUGGCCUAGCUGAUAGUUACUAUCUGGCUGCGAUGGCAUACAUGGAGGAAGUAAUUCGCCCAAAGGACCUCAAAACACUUCAGUGCUUGGUGUUGGUUGCUCUUUAUUCGCUGCUAACCCCCACUCGCACCGCCAUCUACUAUGUUGUAGGCUUGGCAACUAGGCUUUGCCAGCAACUUGGAUUAACGGAAGAGAAAACCAUUACUCAAGGAGUAUCUUUAGGACUUGUUAAUCCGAUCCAACUGGAUAUGCGACGUCGUCUCUCCUGGAUUAUUCUUUCGAUGGAAUUUGGUCUUGCACAUAGCAUGGGCCGUCCAAAUGCCUUUGCUACUGGCCAGGACCACGUUGACGUGGGAUUUUUUGAGCCUAUUGACGACGAGUAUAUCACUGCUGAUGGAAUUUUGCCUGGACCUGUUUCUGAGAAAAAAACUGUCGCUAUACAUUUCCUACGCAUGAGGCUUCUCCAAGCUGAAAUCCGACGAGUACUUUAUCAGAAAAAGCGCCCGGAACCAAGGAGCGAAGAUCAUCCUUGGUAUGCACAAAUGGAACAAAAGCUCAAGGACUGGGUAGACGCUUGUCCUACCAGUCCAUCUUGGAGCAAACCUUGGUUCAUUGGCAGGCACAGGACCAUGAUCGUGACUCUCCUCAGACCUUCUCCCCAGGUCCCAAAACCGUCCGUUCGCUCCGCCAUUAUGUGCUAUGAUGCUGCGUCAACCAACAUCAAAGAUCUAAGCAAGCAAAUGGAGACGUCGAUGGUUGAUAUCACCUGGAUAUUUGUCUUAACCCUUUUCCAAGCAGUGAAUACAGUUCUAUGGUCGAUUUCUUAUCCAGAGGUUCGUGCCAUGCAUGGAAAGGAGGAGCUAGAAGAAAACAUUGACAUAGCUCUCGACAUCAUCUCCAAAUGCAGAGAGCGCUGGCCAGGGACUGGAGCCGCUUCACAGCUGUACUCGAAACUGGCAAAAGCGUGCCUCAAAAGCUACGAUACAAACGAUUCCCUACAUGCACCAUCUUCUCUAUCAGCGACAUCUCCGUCGUCCCUUACAGAUGCCAACUCACCAUCGGCCUCAGAGCAUUCCAGCACCACCACAAGCUCAUUUGCAUACUCUCAGAAGCAAUUCCAAUCAUCCCCUCCCCAAUUUGGUUACGUGUUCGACCAAAUGCCGGAACCAGUCAGCAAUCUUGACUAUGGCAACAGCUUCCCUCCACAACCAUCAUUCCGUUCCGGCUCGAUAUUUGCUAGUCCCUCGAGUAUGCAAACGGACCGUCGAUUCAGCUACUUUCCGCCAGACUUUACCCAGCCUCAGGGGCUUCCCAAUGCUUGGAAUCCAACUGCUGGCAAUCAGCAGCAACAAAUGCCCGCACCUCCGCCGCCACAAAUACAGCAACCAGCCAUUGCUGACCCUGCUUACCUCAUGCAGUCUACACAUUACAAUUUUGGAUCUCAUAUGUUUGGUGACCCUAGUUACGAUACCGAAAUGAGGCAUGGAAGUCUCAGUCAACAACAGCAAAUUGAAUUGAUGGAAAGCCUCGAGACUGAAGGUCUGGCAGAAAUUGAUCAAUUCAUGGCAGGGUACGAAAAUUCCAUUAAGAUUUGA